AUGUCUCUUGAAUGGGAAAUGGCAUGCCUUAGCAUUCGAAUUGUGAUACCAAAGCAACUUCGUUGUCAAGUACUAGAGUUGGCACACGAAGGUCACCCAGGAAUCAUAGCCAUGAAGCAACGUUUGCGUACCAAAGUGUGGUGGCCAGGCAUCGACAAAGAGGUGGAGAAAGAAAAGAAAAGGGAAAGGUGUAUGCAGACUGCCAAAGGAAUGCACGUGAAAGCGAGAUUCAAGAAGGUGAUAAGGUGUUACUGAGGCAGGAGAAAGAGAAAAAACUGUCAACGCCACACAAACAGUCUCCCUUUACAGUUAAUCAAAAGAAUGGCAAUGGUGUUCUUGUUGAGGCUGAUGGUGUGCAGUACCGCCAGAAUGUAACCCAUGUGAAGAAGUAUUUCGAGCGAGAUUAUGAUGUAUUACCAGCCACUAGUAAGUCAACAGAUGAUUCAGAGGCUCAGAGAGCAACACAAAGUUUAUCAAACCAAGAGCCCAGAGAACCUGUAAAUGUUUCCUCUGAGAGAGCAAGUGAGGACGGCCCAUUGGAGUACACACGAUCACAUGAUGCUACUAUGGAGCAAAGAAAUUCUGUCACCUUACGUCCAGCAAGUGUCAAAAGAUUGCCAUCUAAAUUUUAA